AACCAACCAACCAUCUUCUCCCUCUCCCUCUCUCUCUCUCUCUCUCCGCCAUUACCUCCACCACCUUCCUCUCUCUCCAAACAGGGCACAAUGAGAGGAGAGAAAUAAAACCAAAAGGUGGUAGAUGCAUGAGCAACAACCUCUCUCUCCACCCUCGCCACCCUAGCUUCCUAAUCCACUCACUGCCCGUCGAUUUCCGUCAAAACCCACUUUGAUUUUCCUGGGUUUGUGCCCUCUUUCCACCACCUUUUCGUUAUUACCCCUCAGCCUAAGGGCUUCAACGAAAUGACCUUGCAGUUUUAGGAAUAGCAGGUUCAACCAUGGUGAGCAUACGAAGGCGCAGACUCUUGAAACUUUGCUCCGGGCGAAGUUCGUUCUUGUCACCACUUCCCAGGUUUUUUGACAACGGAAAUACUCCUGAACAUCCUGUCCAGAGCACCAGAGCAGUCAGUAUUCAUCCUAUGCCUUCGGUUGAAGCUGAGCAAACUAAGGAGGAAACCAUUUCAAAAGUAUUUCCUGGGUCAUCAAAUGCAUCUGGUUCUAGCGAAUCAAAAGAGCGGCAUAAUCAACAAUAUCCAGUGCCAGAAGUCAAGCGCAGAAAGCGACACCGGAGAAAGCAUUUUGAAAACCAAGAACCAUGUUUGAUGAGAGGUGUCUAUUUUAAGAAUUUGAAAUGGCAGGCAGCAAUAAAAGUGGACAAGAAACAAAUCCACUUGGGGACAGUCGGCUCUCAAGAAGAAGCUGCUCGUUUGUACGACAGGGCUGCUUUUAUGUGUGGGAGGGAACCUAACUUUGAACUCUCAGAGGAGGAGAAGCAAGAACUUAGGAAAUUCAAGUGGGACGACUUCUUAGCAGUGACUCGUUCCGCUAUUACGAACAAAAGACACCGGAGAAGAAGUGGGGGAGGUUUGCAAAGAAAGACCGAGCCUUCAGCACAGAAUAGCGAAUGGGAAGGUGAUGAAGGUGUGAACGGCUUCUCGGCUUCGGAAGACGUAGAGCCAGACACAUCAGUCUCUUGAACUUUUUCGUUCAGGGCCACAACUGAGAACUUGCGAUCUCGCAAUUCAGCCACUUAUCUGAUUGUACCAUUUUUUAUUGCUUUGUCUUGAAUUUGGAGUAUAAAGGCCCCUAUUAGGGCAGAAUGUAAUGGACUUCAUAUUUGUCGGUAGCAGAUUUUGUCUUUAAUUCAAUAAGAAUUCACUAUUUAACUACCA